AUCUAAAUUCUUUCGAUGGAUUUUUCAUUCAUCCCAUUGGCCUUCUGUUAACUCGACUAGCGCACUCUUUAAGGUCUUUCAAGGGCCUAUCUUUGGCCAGCGCUGGGUUUGUAUUCCAUGUUUGAUAUAAACUCCGCUUUUCUGUCUCUUCAGCUUCCUUCUUAUUAUGUUCAGGCCUAUUACGCUAACGCCAGUCUUCAGGUGUCCUCUGUGGUGUUGCAUGACGGGAAAUCUUGAGAGAGGACAAAAUUAUGCUCAUUACAGGGAGGGGCAGGGGCGUUGACACUUUUACACUUUCCUGAUCCCAACCCAUACUGAGAGUUUUCUUUUCAGUCUUAUCGCGUGCUUGACGGAUAACUCAAGCGGACAGCCUAAUAGAUCGCGUCCUUAGACUUAGGAUUGGAAGGCCUGGCUUCGAGUCUUCGCUGAUAAAAAGUUCUUUUCUGUCCCGGUUGAGAACACAUUCUUUUACUGUUGUGGUCGGUGAUAACCCACUUGAAGAAGAAUUGUUUCAACCAUGAUGUCAAGAUGGAAACAGGUGUCUUCUCUUGUUCGCUCUAAAGCACUGGCCCCAUCUGUGCAACCUUCGAGUUACACGUUCACCCCAAACAAAGAGGAAGUCAUCGAUUCAAGAUUCAGGCUCCGUUACAGUACCACAUGUAACAGUUACUAUAGGGACUGGUCUGAUGCCAUUGACCCAUCCGCACAGGGGGUCAUCUCGGGAUGGGACAAAGUGUUGUAUUCAGUGGACUCCGUUCGCCGAACAGUCAAUGAAGAAAUUGGACAGGUGUAUUUGGAGAAAAUACCUGGCUCCAAUACAGGUUACAUCAAUUGGCGAAUCAACUUCGGCUGCAGCGGACUCCAGGUGGAUGAGGUCACCUUGCGCUUGUUAUGCUUAGAAGACUAUGGCGGAGAGAUUGUUGUUACACUAACUGGUCAUCCGGGAGAAAAACGAGUUCGAUAUCCUAUAGGUAGUGAUUACGUCACAUUUACCGAGUUGCAGAAUUCAACGGAGUUGACACUGACCAUUCAUUUCGUCGGGGAGCCAGGCCAGGUCACUCGGCUAUUUCCACAGAGUAUCUUGAGGGGCAUGGGAUACCCACUGGACUUAAAAGUUAUUCUAAAGCAACCAAUGGAGUCUUUGGGGAAACCCAGAAUUCUUAUCGGGCUUUUAUACAGCAGCUCGCAAGAGAUCGAGGUCGAUUCACGACAUUACAAACAGAAUACAACCAACACUGGUCAGGGAUUUCUCCAUGUUCAUCUCCUCCGAGGAAUGGAUUUGCCAGCAGGGAAAAAGAGUCCUCAAGAAACAUUCUCGAAAUGUUACCUUCUGCGCGAUGCUAAGAAAUCAACCAAGUGCAGAACAAAAACACGAAAAGGCAAAGAUCCUCUUUGGAACGAACAGUUCUUAAUCGUUGGCGUCAAUUAUCAUGACAUAAAGCGAAGAGCGCUCGAAGUAUGCAUCGCCGACGGUCAUUUUUCCAGCGGAAAAAAGGAAAAGCUUUUCGGGGGUGUUCGGCUCAGUCUCGGUUACAAGGCAGUCGUGGCUGCGCAAACCAAGCAAGUUAAUCAGGUGCUGCGGUUUCUAAAAGGAAAGGAAGCGAUGAGUGGUGAUGUGAACUCGAGCUUUGGUAAAUGGAAGAGAGCAAGUGGUAGGAAACCUGUGGCGGAUGACACAGGACAGGCAACAGAAGAGGAGAGAAAUGAAGGCACAGAAACGAUAGAUACGCCAGGAAAUGCAAACAAAGUGGAUGAAAAAAGUGUUGUCACUGACAUGGCAAAUAGUAAAGAUGAAAGUGAAGAGACAAAGCAGGAAAUUAUCGAAAGUGGACCGCAAAGUGCAUCGUCUGCCAGUACAGAAGUAAUGGCGACGGACCCUGUCCCAGAUCCCUCUCAGGAUGAGGCCAAGGCGAAUAACACCAGAAACCGCUUGGCUGAGCAACGCCUUUUCGAAGCAGUGAUGGCAUCUAUCAAGCACCUAGAACUCGCCGCACGUCAGACUGUAACGCAGUCAGAGUCCAGCGAAGAACAAGACAAAGGACUUGAAGAAAAACUUGAAAAGCAAGAAUCUCCCGAGAUUUCCACUCAGAGCAUCAACAACGGCGCUGAUGAAGGAAAUAAUGAUUCGCAAGAAGCAGACACUAGUGAUCCAACCCCUAACGCAGUAGAAACAGCAGACGAGAGUACAAGAAAUGAAAGUUGGAGAAGGAAUUCAUUGGAUACAACUAAAAAUUCCAAAAGCAAGAAUGUCCAAGAGAAGAACAUUUUGAACGAAGAUCAAACUCAACGAUGCAGCGACCAAGCUGAAGACUUGCUAAAUGUGAUCAAAAAUCAUAUAGCCGAUAGAGAAAAUCUGCCAACAAAUGAACCCGAAAAUUCCCGAACGGAACCCGAUCAAAUAUCGAAUGGACACAAAGGCAAUGAAGAUCAAUGUACUGAUGAGAGAAGCGCUACGAAAGAAGAAAGUUUUCCUAAAAAAGGGUUGAAUCCUACUGAUACUAAAACAGAUAACUCGGUAGAAAUUCCUAAAGAAGAGCCCAAACAUUACUCUAAGCAUCCCACUCAGGAAAUAAAAACGGAAAAUCCUGAAAGCGAAAACAGUCUACCACAGAAGUCGACGAUUUUGAAGAAAUCGUCUGCAGGAGGACCAAACGACAUGAAGCGGAGCUCAUCCUUCACCUUGAAAGAUAUCGGAAAGAGACUAAGCUUUAGGCGCAGCAGCAAAUCAGAAGUCAGCGGAGAUAGCAGAUUGGAGACGGGCUUACAAACAAAUGCAGACAAGAUGAUGCUAGAUGCUCAAGGACUCGAAAUAACCCAAUGGACGCUUGUCGUGUCUCGGCCGAAGGAGUGGCACUACUGUUGGCACAUCCUCAGAUCUGAAAUGACCAUUCUACACUAGACAUUAAUCUCGUCAAUCGUUAAGGAGCCUCGAUUAGUCAGAGGGCUGGUCAAUUAUGCUCUAACCGCUGAUUAAAAGGCAAGUAGAGACAGGAGGGCUCAAGUCUAGGCUUGCCUCGGUCAACAUUAGCCGUGGAGGUCUGGGUCGAGCAUUCAUAUAAAGUGCAAAGAAAGGCACAGACUUAAUAAUUAAAUUAGGGCUUUGAAAUCAUAAAGGUGAAGUUGAGUGUAGAUGUUGACUUAACAAUUGCAAUCUAUUUCGUGUUCGACAUCAAGUAGGUUCAGCUCAUACAUCUCCUACAGGUAAUCUGCUGAACUGUCAACUACAAAAGCAUCCAUAAACGUUAAAAUCGAGAAAUACGACCUGAUCUUUUUGUUAAGGAUCUUAGUCAUUCUUAUUUAUGAUAAUGACUUUGUUAAUAGCUCUAUUAACGAAAGUAUAUUAAUGAUGAUAUUAGAGAUAUAAUAGCAGUUAUAAUGAUAAUAAGUGAAAAAUGAUGUAAACUAAAUCAUGACCACCAGUAGGUUAGUUUCAUACGUUUUUUCACCUUUUAGUGUUAGGUGUAUCAGCUUUUAGAUUCCAUAAAUGAUAUCUUCCAUAAGUCUGCUGCAAAAAUCUAACAACUGAUAUUAGAUGCGCAUGCAUGACAAACCUGUGUUUUUUUUACUUUCUAAUAACUUGGUGAGUAGUCGUAAGAGUUUUACUGUUUAUUAUGAUAUUAUAUUAAAUG